AUGGUAAAACUUCGUUUAAAACGAUGUGGUAGAAAGCAAAUUUAUCGAAUCGUUGCAAUUGAUGUUCGAUCCCGACGAGAGGGAAGAGAUCUUCGUAAAGUGGGUUUUUAUGAUCCGAUAAAGAAUCAAAUCUAUUUAAAUGUUCCUGCUAUUCUAUAUUUCCUUGAAAAAGGUGCUCAACCUACAGGAACUGUUCAUGAUAUUUCAAAAAAGGCGGGGGUUUUUACGGAGCUUCACCUUAAUCAACAAACAAAAUUCAAUUAA